AUGAUUGGCCCCUUAGGGCCAUGUGGGAGGAGCCCGGGGGCUGAUUGGCUUAAAUUUUGUGCGCUGAGGCGGACACGGAGCUCUGAUUGGUUGAUUCCACUCCCCACCGGUGCCGGGUUAAGCUCAUCAGAUGCCAAGCCGCGAUUGGUCGGGUCCGCGCUAACGAGGCGGAAGAGAGGCUCUGAUUGGCUCGAGCAGCCGUCAGGAGGCGGGACCCGGGGUGCCGAUUGGCCGAGGCGGAAGUGGCGAGAGCGCCCGGCGCCGCGUGUCCCAGUGUGCGGGGAGGCCGGGAUGGCGGCGGCGGGGCCCGGGCUGCGGGGACAGCUGGUGUCCGACCUGCCCCCCGCGCUGGCCCUGCUGGGAUCACUCCAGGAGCAGGUUGUCGGGGUCACGGCCCAUGUCCAGGGGCUGCUGCAGAGGGUCCGGGCCGGCGCCUUCCCCACGGAGAAGGGGCUGAGUUUCCUGGAGCUGAAGGCCCAGCUGCUGCUGUUCUAUCUCCAGGACCUGGCCCAGCUGGUGCUGCAGAAGACCUCGGGCCGGUCCCUGGCCGCCCAGCCGGCUGUCCUGCGCCUGGCCGAGCUGCGCACGGUGUUGGAGAAGAUGCGCCCCAUUGAGCAGAAACUCCGGUACCAGGUUGACAAGCUGGUGAAGGCGGCUGUGACGGGCGCCGUGGGAGACGACAAUCCGCUGAGAUUCAAACCAGACCCCGGGAACAUGAUGAGCAAGCUGAGUGACGAGGAGGAGGCGGACGGGACUGAAGGCAAAGCUGCUGGGAAGAAGCCCCUGGCCAAAGGAGGGGUCCGGAAAUACGUCCCACCCCGGCUGGUCCCGGUGCAUUAUGAUGAGACAGCGGCCGAGCGGGAGAAGAAGGUCCUGGAGCAGGCGAAGAAGCGAGCGCUGAGCAGCUCCGUCAUCCGGGAGCUGAAAGAACAGUUCUCGGAGGCGCCGGAGGAAAUCCGCGAAGGGCGCUACCUGCACGCGACCAGGCAGAGCCAGGAGGAUGAGCACAGGAGGCGCUACGAGGAGGCCAUGCUGGUGAGGCUGAACGUGAGCCGGCAGGACAAGGCCCGGCGGCGCCGGGCGGCCGCGCUGGGGGCCCAGCUCCAUUCCCUGACCCACUUCGGUGACAUCAGCGCCCUGACGGGGGCAGCGCCCCCCACUGGAGAGGCUCUGAGCCCCCAGCGGAAGAGGAGGAAGAAGAUGAGUGCGAAGAGGGGAAGGAAGAAGGGUUUCCAGAGGCGAUAGCGGAGCGACGCGCCACCCCCCCCCCCUCCAUGGAGCGAUGACCCCACCACCACCACCCCCCCAGCAACUCUCACACGUGGACAGAAUGUUUAGACAAUAAAAUCGAG